AUGGAGAUAAAAAGACUUCCUAGCGACGUGAUUUCUCGAAUCUCUGCAGGAGAAGUCAUCACAAGGCCCUAUAACAUCCUGAAGGAAACAAUCGAAAACUCUCUUGACGCGAACUCCACCCACAUAACGAUCAAGAUGGAGCAGGAUGGACUUACGCUUACGGUCGAGGACGAUGGAGAUGGAAUACACGAAAGCGAUUUUGAACUCCUAUGCAAGCAAUACUGUACCUCAAAGCUCACCAAGGAGGAAGAGCUCUUUUCGUUGUCCUCCUAUGGAUUCCGCGGAGAGGCAUUGUCUUCGAUAAGCCGAUGUGCCAGAAUCAAGGUCAGAAGCAAGAGGAGAGAAGGCGAGAUUGGCUAUGAGGCUGUAUACAGAGACACAGAAAUGAUAACAAUAAAAGGCGUCGGGAUGAAGGAUGGAACCAUUGUUGAGAUCAAGAAUAUCUUCUACAAUAACAAGGUCAGAGAAAAGCAUUUUUCAAAGAAAAGGGAGGAGAUUCGAGAAAUGAUGUGGCUGGUGGGAAUGUACUCUGUGUUCAACAGCAGGAUUUCCUUUGAGCUAUUUUAUGGGGAGAAGCUACAGGAGCUGCCUAAGUCUAGAGUAUGCGUCGGAGAGGACGGAUAUUCCAAUGAAGAUAGAGUCAAGAGAAAGGUCGGGAUGCUGAACGAACUUUACAAGGCAGAUGGCAAGCUGCUCUUUGUAUCGGAUAAAGAGUACCUUGUUAUAUUUUCGACGCAGCAGUUCUGCCUGAGGAAAGGCAUGCUUGUCCUCUUUGUAAAUGGAAGGCUUGUUGUGAGCCAAGAGAUGAAGGAGUCUCUAUUCAAGGUGUACAAGGACAUCCUUCCUCCACAGAAGCAGCCCCUUAUAUACUUGGAGCUCUAUGUGGAGAAGAGCAUGGUCGAUGUUAAUGUUCAUCCGAGCAAGAGAGAGGUGCUUUUCUCCAACGAGGAGUCUAUGACCCAGAGGCUAUGCAAAUGUAUUGCGGAAAGACUAAGUAAGCUCGACUAUGAGCAGAAGCCGCUGAAACCGCUUCCAAAGGACAGCUUUCAAAGCCCAAUCAAAGUGUAUUCAGAUCCUACGUCACAGUCUAUUGCAGAGUGCUUGGAAAAGGAAACAACGGAAAGGAGAGAGUUCAGACUUUUUUCUCUCAGUAAGCUGAGACUGGAGAUAGUUGAUGUUGAUACUACCUUUUUCAGGUCCCUGAGCUAUGUCGGAGUGAAAGACAGAGAUACCAUCCUGGUUCAGCAUGGAUCGUCACUCCUCAACUGCAAGACUGUACCCUUGCUCAAGGAAUAUCUCUACCAAUCUCUGAUCAAUGACUUUGGCAAUUUCGAAAAGAAAAGGACACUCGUUCGCCUCAGGUGCAAGAUGGAUGACAAAACAAGGGCGCUGCUCAAUGACUACUUUUCGAUAGAGGUGAUUGAGGAGCAUAUCGUCGGUAUUCCUAUUAUAUCAACCAUUUGCAUCGACGCUCCUGAGCUGUGGUCUGGGUUUGAGAUCAGAAGGAGCUCCGAGUAUGAGACGCUGAAAAACAUCAUUGACGUGGUAUCCACACUCUACUCCGGAGUAGAAAUGUCUACGAAACUAUUCAAUAUCCUCAAGAGAAGGAUAAUCGGGACGGCAAGGGCUCUGGAGUGUUUUGGCCUUGUUGUGACACUCAAGGAACUUUACAGGAACUUUGAGAGAUGCUGA